AUGGUGGCAAUGAAGGACGUGCUGCCAAAAGCAGGUCCCAUGUUCGUUGCCUCUGUCCGCCUCAUCCCAGCCGGUCUGCUCCUCGUUGCCUUUGCUGCCAGCCGAGGCCGUCCCAUGCCCAAGUCCGCCCUUGCAUGGUUCUCCAUCCUCCUCUUCGCCCUCGUGGACGCCACAGCCUUCCAGGGCUGUCUGACAGAGGGCUUGCGCAGAACAUCAGCCGGCCUCGGAUCAGUCAUCAUCGACUCUCAGCCGCUCACAGUGGCUGUGCUCGCAGCCCUUCUGUUCGGAGAGACCAUUUCCAAAAAAGGGGCGCUGGGGCUUGUGCUAGGGGUUGUGGGCUUGCUGCUGCUUGAGGUUCCCCUGGAUGCGCUUCUCUCUUUCGCCUCCUCUCUCACUGCAUCUUCCAGCCAAUCAUCCUCUCAUUCCUCUCACUUUUCCCACUCCUCAUCUCACUCCUACUCCUCUCACUCCGCUCACUCCUCCCACUCCUCAAGCCUCUCACUCCUCUCAUUCCUCUCGCCCUGCUCGUUCCUCUCUCGCUUUUCCCACUCCUCAUCUCACUCCUACUCCUCUCACUCCGCUCACUCCUCCCACUCCUCAAGCCUCUCACUCCUCUCAUUCCUCUCGCCCUGCUCGUUCCUCUCUCACUUUUCCCACUCCUCAUCUCACUCCUACUCCUCUCACUCCGCUCACUCCUCCCACUCCUCAAGCCUCUCACUCCUCUCACAUCUUACUUGCCUCUCUUUGCUCCCCUCCUCUCAUUCCCCCCAUUCCUCUCACUCCCACUCUUCUCAUCCCCCUCCUCUAAUUCCUCUCAUCCCUCUUCCAUGUCUCCCCUCUGACCAGCAGUUGGCACGGUCAUGGUGCGCUGUUGGCACAGUCAUGGUGCGCUGGGUCUGCAGGCACUGCGACCCCAUCAUGGCCACUGGAUGGCACAUGGUGCUGGGAGGCAUUCCUCUCCUCUACCUCUCCUUCCAGCAGCACGAUCCAGCGGUCUCUGGUGGUCUUGCUGACCUUUCCUUGCUCGAUUGGUCCUCCUUGAUGUACACAUCAGUCUUCGGAAGCGCAAUUAGCUAUGGAGUGUUCUUCUACAAUGCAAAUAAAGGAAGCCUCACAAGGCUGAGCUCAUUGACUUUCCUCACUCCUGCAUUUGCUGCAUUCUUUGGGUUCAUAUUCCUAGGCGAAACACUGUCCCCUCUUCAGUUCUUUGGUGCUGGAGUCACACUGGUUGCUAUCUACCUUGUAAAUGCUCGUUCUCAGCAAAAAGCCUAG